CAGCACUCAGAACAGUCGUGGCACUUAUCGAACAGAUUGUGCAACAGCAAGUAGAAUGACUGACAAGGCAGAUGCGGAACAGUUUAAUGACGACGAACUGGAGGCCCCGGCUUGGCUGAAUCCCCAGUUCAUAGGAGAAAUUCUGAGCGCGUACGAAGAGGCCCCGGAGCUGAAAGUGAUUGAUCUGAAAAUCACGCCCGCGAGUUUUCAGGGAGAUCACUAUGCCAGCGUCAUGUUCCGCACUACGGCUGAGUAUAGCACCGCGAAGGGGAAGUUCAGUAAGCCCCUUAUUAUAAAGACGAUGCCCGAGCAGGAAGGACACAAAAAGGACAUGCUGAGCGAAUCGCACCUGUUCGAGACCGAGAUUGGAAUGUAUUGCCAGGUGCUUCCGGAAUUCGAGAGGAUUCUACGGCAGGCAGGGGACAACACAAAGUUAUUUGUGCCCUGCAUCUACCACAGCCUGGAGCCCCGUAGGGUCAUGAUAUUCGAGGACCUGGUGCCACAUGGGUAUUCAGUGAUUCGGGAUCGUCCUGUCGCGCUCGAGGAACUCAAAUCAGCCUUCUCCAAGCUGGCUAAAUGGCAUGCAGUUAGCAUGAAAGUUAUUAAUGAGCAACCUGCUUUCCUGGAGGAGUUCAAAUAUGGCUUAUUUGAUAUACCCGCCAUACAGAGUGACCCCUUCAUAACUACUGGCAUGAAGACCUUUGUUGAAAUGCUGGACAAGUUACCUGAACUACAAAAGUAUAAGGGCUACUUUGAAAAAAUUCAAGAUAAAUAUCUGGAACGUCUGGAAAACGAGAUGCAAGAGUACCACAAAAGCCGGCGCAACGAUGGGUACUAUGUCCUGUGCCACGGUGACUUUCAUCUUCGCAACAUGAUGUUUAAGAGCAAUAAGGAGACCGGAAACCACGAAGACAUCAUGCUGGUGGAUUUCCAGAUGAGCAACCUUUGCCCCAUCACCGUUGACCUAACGUACUCCAUCUACAUGUUGAUGGAGUCUGAACAGCGCCGCGAAAUGGGAAAGGGCUUAAUUAAUUAUUAUUUUACAGUUCUGGUGGGAACACUCAAAAAAAUUGGCUACAAAGGCGAUAUGCCAACUCAAGCAAGACUCUGGGAGCAAAUACAUCGCAACAAGUAUUAUGAUUUCUUUUUGAUUAGCACAUUCCUGCCCCUGAUUUUGGCCAUAAAAUCAAAUAGCUGCAAAAUGCACGACCUUAUCCUGAAUCCGGAAACUCGUGAAAAGACAUACUUUUUGGAUUCAUACGUCAAAGAUGUUUCCAAACUUUUGCCCGAAUUCGAGAAGCUUGGCUAUUUCAAAGGUCUAUAAUGAUUUAUGAUGAUAAACUAACAUUUCUAGUCUUAUACUGUAUAACAAAUUUAUAUAUAUUUGUGGAAAUAAAAAUAUUUUGUUUAAUAAUGGUAGUCUA